AUGUCCUCCAAACAUUUCAUCAGUGACCCGACCAAACUGGUCAACGAUGCCCUGCACAGCUUGACCAUCACAAACCCCACGGUCGCACUGGAUGCCGAAAACAAGAUCAUCUACCGUCGACCGACAAAUGCACCCAGCCAGGUCUCUCUCCUGUCUGGCGGAGGCUCUGGUCAUGAACCGUCCUUUGCUGGCAUGGUCGGUCCCGGCAUCCUCUCUGCUGCUGUGGCCGGGACCAUCUUCGCCAGCCCUUCAGCUGAGCAGGUUCGCAAUGGCGUCAUAUCCCGUGUUGACACUGAGAAAGGUGUUCUUGUUGUCGUAAUGAACUACACGGGAGAUGUUCUCAGUUUCGGUAUGGCCGUGGAAAAGGCCAAGGCUGCUGGCGUGGAGUGCGAAAUGGUUGUCGUCGGCGACGACGUUGGCGUCGGCCGCGCCAAAGGUGGUAAAGUUGGCCGUCGAGGCAUCGCCGGUACUGUUCUUGUCAUCAAGAUUGCCGGUGCCCUUGCUGCGCAGCGAAAGCCGCUUUCUGAGGUAGCCAAGGUUGCCAGGCUGACGGCUGAGAAUCUGGUCAGCGUUGGAGCCAGUUUGGAUCACGUUCAUGUGCCGGGACGUGCUAUUAGUACUGAGCACACCCUUGAGCCUGGCGAGGUGGAAAUCGGCAUGGGCAUUCACAAUGAGGAUGGUUCAGGCAGAGCUAAGAUCGGUCUCCCCGAUUUAGUCAAGAGGAUGCUUUCCCAGCUUCUUGAUCAGUCUGACAAGGACCGCGCGUUUGUUGACGUGAAGUCCAAUCAGAUUGUUCUUCUCAUCAACAAUCUGGGAAGUGUGAGCGUCCUUGAGAUGGGUGGCAUCACCACUGAGGUGGUCUCACAACUGCAGUCCACCUACAACAUCAAGCCGGCAAGAGUCCUGAGCGGCAUGUACAUGACGAGCCUGAACGGUCUUGGUUUCAGUAUCAGCUUGCUUAACACUGUGGACACGGGUGGUCCAAGCAUGAUCGAACUCCUGGACGCUCCAAGUGAAGCUCCUGGGUGGGCUGCUCCUAUCCAGUCGGCGACAUGGGAAGCAGGAAAUACGGCAGAGAGGACAGGCUCAUCGAAAUUGGAUGAAGCUAAAAAGCCAAGUGGUCAGACGAUGACUGUCGCGGAUGAGAAAUCUGCUCUAAUUUCUGCACUAGAGGCUGUCAUUGCUGCUGAGCCUGAAGUCACCCAGUACGAUACUGUAGUGGGAGACGGUGACUGCGGUAUAGGAUUGAAGAGAGGAGCUGAAGCUGUGCUCAAGCACAUCAGUACGAGCCCCUUGACGGGAGAUGUUCUGUCUGAUCUUGCAGGCAUUGUGCCCGUAAUAGAGAACAACAUGGACGGUACCUCUGGUGCUCUCUAUGCUAUUUUCCUAAACGCUCUCGUCCAUGCACUCCAGGUCCCCGCUCCUGGUGCUCUUACACCCCAGACAUGGGCCAUAGCCUUGCAGCAGAGCUGUGACGCGCUUUCUAAAUAUACACCAGCUCGCCCAGGUGAUCGUACCUUAGUGGAUGCACUCUAUCCCUUCGUUGAGAUCCUAGGCAAGACGGGUAGCCUGGCCGAGGCUGCUAAUGCGGCUCGAAAGGCGGCAGUGGAGACAAAGGGCAUGCAAGCCAGCCUUGGUCGAUCUGUCUAUGUAGGUGGCAGCGGCUUCACACAAGUCCCGGAUCCUGGAGCUUGGGGUCUGUCAUGUUUCUUCCUUGGCCUUGCAGGUCUCCCGUCGAAGGAGUAA